AUGAAAUGUCUGUGCAUUGACCCUUCUGGAACUGGCACCACCGGAAUGGUUUUGUUUGGAACUGAUAGUAAGGAAUCCAAACCAAACACUGUUAUUUAUGAAAAUACUACUUAUAUUUAUGGUCGACAACAUCAAGGAACGGUAGGGUUAUAUAAAUUAAUUGGUGGGAUUAUGGCUUUAAGAUAUGUCUUUGAUUUUAUUCAAGAGGUAACUAGUAUAGCAGUUAACCAAGUUAAACCUUUUAAGGACAAACUUUUUCGUGGUCAAGAACAAAUUGAGGGUCUAACUUGCCAAGUCGGGCGAGGCAAGGGUUGA